AGCUUAUCAGCUUAUCUCUGUCCUCCCAGCACUUAGGGGUGGGGAGGCAAGAGGAUCAGGAGUUCAGGAUAAGCCUUGGUUACAUGGCAAAUUUGCAAAAAUAGUCAGGGGUUGCUAUUUCUCCCGGAUAGGUGGGCAGGUUACACUGUAGUGACCAAAGCCUGCUAUAACAUAAUAGCAGUUCUACAUCUCAGCAGUGGGAAGACUAAACAUAGAUUCCAAUAUAUUGGAAAUUAAAACUGUAAAGCUGCUUUAGAAAUUAUAAACACAGGAAGGGGUGGAUAUAAUAGUUUCCACUUGGAUUGAUUCAUCAAUUCCUUUGAUUCUUGCAGUCCAGUCAUUUCAACUUUCUCCAUUUCAAGUUGCUGAAUUAAACAAGCUAAUUACAUAUAGUGAGUGAGGUUUCCCUUAAAGGUUAAGUACUUAACUCAUUAUAAGAGCUAACACACACUGAGCUCUUGCUGAGUGCUCAACUCUGUUCUAAGGAUGUUAACAGCUAACCCUUGAAUUGGGCUCUUCUAUUAGCUACAUUUUUACACACAAGAACUCAGUAACAGAGAUAAAGGGACCAACCAAUAUCACAGAGCUAAUAAAUGACUAAGCUAGGAUUUUGAACUCAGGCUGUGGGUUUGAUUAUAGGCUCUGUUUAGUUGCCUUUCUCAACAGGGCUGUUGAAAUCACAAAUCUGUGUCCUGGCUAAUUGUUUUCUGAGGAUGGCAUAUGUGUUAUAUUUCACAUUAAAACUAUAAAUGUAAUGUGAUUUUUCUUGGUGAUUAAAAUGAAACUUUGGGAUGUUACUAAUACUUAAAGGUCAUCAUUCAUUAUACAUAUCACAUAUUAUUGAUGGCCCCCAAAAAACUUUUAUGAUAUUUGGAUUCUUUUUCUAUUCAUUGUAAUUUCCUAGAUAUAUUUGUGUACAUUAGGUGAUUGAAUGCCCUUCUAGAAACUGGAUUUUCCUGUAUUGGAACUCUACUUCAGCCUAGGCAGUACAUGUUUAAGCUAUAUGUCUUUGGCUUUCAGGAUCCUCUUUCCGCAAAACCUUCGUGCACUUGGCCAAAAAGAACUCCACCUGUUCCAAGAACAAUAUCACCAGCCUGCCAUAAGACAGUUCAGUCAUUGGUCACAAACAGAUCCACUUCGUGCUCCCUGCCUCCUCCAGAGAAGAAAGCCCUUGUCAUUCCAAGGACACCAUCUAAGAUCACGUGCCACCCGCCUUGUUUUCUUGUCUUGGUCGCAUGUGGGACUCUGCAGUGGCCCCUCUGAGAUGGCCGAGCAGAGGUUCUGUGUGGACUAUGCCAAGCGGGGCACAGCUGGCUGCAAAAAAUGUAAGGAGAAGAUUGUGAAGGGUGUAUGCCGCAUUGGCAAAGUGGUGCCCAAUCCCUUCUCGGAGUCCGGAGGCGAUAUGAAAGAGUGGUACCACAUUAAAUGCAUGUUUGAGAAACUGGAACGCGCACGGGCCACCACAAAAAAAAUCGAAGAUCUUACAGAGCUGGAAGGCUGGGAAGAGCUGGAAGAUAAUGAAAAGGAGCAGAUCACCCAGCACAUUGCAGAUCUGUGUUGUAAGGCAGCAAACACACCAAAGAAGAAAGCUGUUGUCCAGGCUAAGUUGACAGCCACUGGCCAGGUGACAUCCCCAGUGAAAGGUGCUUCGUUUGUUACCAAUACCAAUCCCCGGAAAUUUUCUGGCUUUUCAGCCAAGCCCAACAACUCUGAGCAAGCCCCCUCCAGCCCUACAUGUAAGACAAGUCUUUCUGCGCGCAAGUGUGACCCCAAGCACAAGGAUUGCCUGCUACGUGAGUUCCGGAAGCUGUGUGCUACCGUGGCUGAUAACCCUAGCUACAACACAAAGACACAGAUCAUCCAGGACUUCUUGCGGAAAGGCUCAGCAGGAGAUGGCUUCCAUGGUGAUGUGUACCUGACAGUGAAGCUGCUGCUGCCAGGAGUCAUUAAGAGCGUUUACAACUUGAAUGAUAAGCAGAUUGUGAAGCUUUUCAGCCGCAUUUUUAACUGCAACCCAGAUGAUAUGGCCCGCGACCUAGAGCAGGGUGACGUGUCAGAGACAAUCAGAGUCUUCUUUGAGCAGAGCAAGUCUUUUCCCCCAGCUGCCAAGAGCCUCCUCACCAUUCAGGAAGUGGAUGAAUUCCUCCUGCACCUCUCCAGGCUCACAAAAGAGGAUGAGCAACAGCAGGCCCUGCAGGACAUUGCCUCCAGGUGUACAGCCAAUGACCUUAAGUGCAUCAUCCGGUUGAUCAAACAUGAUCUGAAGAUGAACUCGGGUGCAAAACAUGUGUUAGAUGCCCUUGACCCCAAUGCUUAUGAAGCCUUCAAAGCCUCACGAAACCUACAGGAUGUGGUGGAACGGGUACUUCACAAUGAGCAGGCGGAGGAGAAGGACCCAGGCCAGCGACGGGCUCUGAGUGUCCAAGCCUCAUUGAUGACACCUGUGCAGCCCAUGCUGGCAGAGGCCUGCAAGUCCAUUGAGUAUGCGAUGAAGAAAUGUCCAAACGGCAUGUUCUCUGAAAUCAAGUAUGAUGGUGAGCGAGUCCAGGUACAUAAGAACGGGGACCACUUCAGCUACUUCAGCCGUAGUCUCAAGCCUGUCCUGCCUCACAAGGUGGCUCACUUUAAGGACUACAUCCCCCAGGCUUUUCCUGGGGGCCAUAGCAUGAUCUUGGACUCCGAGGUGCUCCUGAUUGACAACAACACAGGCAAACCACUGCCCUUUGGGACUCUGGGGGUGCACAAGAAAGCUGCCUUCCAGGAUGCUAAUGUCUGCCUGUUUGUUUUUGAUUGUAUCUACUUUAAUGAUGUCAGCUUGAUGGACAGGCCUUUGUGUGAGCGGCGGAAGUUUCUUCAUGACAACAUGGUUGAAAUCCCUAACCGGAUCAUGUUCUCAGAAAUGAAGCGAGUCACAAAAGCCUCAGACUUGGCGGACAUGAUAAAUCGGGUGAUCCGGGAGGGUUUGGAAGGGCUGGUGCUGAAGGAUGUGAAGGGUACAUACGAACCUGGGAAGCGGCACUGGCUGAAAGUUAAGAAAGAUUAUUUAAAUGAAGGGGCCAUGGCUGACACAGCUGAUCUGGUGGUUCUUGGGGCCUUCUACGGGCAAGGAAGCAAAGGCGGCAUGAUGUCCAUCUUCCUCAUGGGCUGCUAUGACCCUAGUAGCCAGAAGUGGUGCACCGUCACAAAGUGUGCUGGAGGCCAUGAUGAUGCCACACUUGCCCGCCUGCAAAAGGAGCUAGAUAUGGUGAAGAUCAGCAAGGAUCCUAGCAAGAUACCCAGUUGGCUGAAGAUCAAUAAGAUCUACUAUCCUGACUUUAUUGUUCCGGACCCAAAGAAGGCUGCUGUGUGGGAGAUCACAGGGGCAGAAUUCUCCAAAUCUGAGGCUCACACUGCUGAUGGGAUCUCCAUACGAUUUCCACGCUGCACCAGAAUCCGGGACGAUAAGGACUGGAAAUCUGCAACUAACCUCCCCCAACUCAAGGAGCUGUACCAGCUGUCCAAGGAGAAGGCAGACUUCACCGUAGUGGCCGGAGAUGAAGGGAGCUCCACUACUGGAGGCAGCAGUGGUGAGAAUGAGGGCACUGUUGGGUCUGCUGUGCCCCGCAAGGCCCCCAAAGCACUCCCCAAUAAGUCCUCUGCCAGUGCCAAGCCUGAACGGAAGCCGAAUAACCCCAGCAGCAAAGGCGGCAACAAGCAGACUAUAAAUCCUUCCUUUGUAAAACCUGGAGAGAAGCUGGCCAUGAAGUCCCCAGUAAAAGUGGGGGUGAAGAGGAAAGCUACUGCUGAGACUCCAGGCCCAAGAAAGGUGCAAGUGCUGUUGGAUGUCUUCACUGGGGUACGGCUCUACUUACCACCCUCCACACCAGACUUCAGCCGUCUCAGACGCUAUUUUGUGGCAUUCGAUGGGGACCUGGUGCAAGAAUUUGACACAGCCUCAGCCACACAUGUGCUGGGUAGCAGAGAGAAGAACCCUGAUGCCCAGCUAGUCUCCCCAGAGUGGAUUUGGGCCUGUAUCCGGAAACGGAGACUGAUAGCUCCCUGCUAGGACUGUGGUCUUCCUUCCUCUUUGGGUCAUCCUCUUCUGUGAAUUCCACUGCACAAGCUCAGCCUUGAGGAGGGUAGAUGGUGGAGACCUUCUUUGCUAAGCAGUGAUCUUCUACAACCUUCUAACUCUUCCCAGGUCUGUUCUGAACCAGGAGUUAGUUGCUGUGGGUACAAGUGAAAUCAGAUUCUCUUGCUGGUUUAUCUAGAUCUUUCAGGUCUGGGUGCUGGCUUUGUCUUUUUUUUUUAAAUUUAUAAAGAAGGUGACCUUAGUAAUUGGAAGUGCUAACCAACCUAGACCUUUAUGCAUGCUAGUCAAGUGUUCUGCCACUGAGUUCUAAUUUUUAUAAACAAGAAAUCUUAAGCCAGGCAUAAUACUACAUGACUGUAAUCCCAGCAUGCAGGAGGAAAAGGCUGGCCUAGGGAGUACGUGAGAUCCUGUCUUUUUUCGUGUGUCUUUUUGAGACGGGGUCUCCCUGUAGCUCCAGCUGACCUGGAACUCACUGUGUAGACCAGGCUGGACUCGAACUUAGAGAGAUCCGCCUGCCUCUGCCUCCCGAGUGCUGGGAUUAGAGAUCCUGUCUUAUGGGGAAAGAAAGGGUCUGUCCUGUUCCCUACCAGUUCCCCCUAGUUCCCCUCAGUGACUAAGGAAUGCAGACUGGGCAGAAUCCCCUCCCAUUGCCUGCUUCUUUUUACUUCCACUUGUAUCUUAAAAGUGCUAUUUAAGAUUGCCCUCAAAUGUUUCUUCUAUUUGUUAAAACUUGUAUUCUGCCUGUCCCUUUUUGCCAGGGUGAACCCUCAUUUGAAAGAGAACAAAAUGGACUUUGAUGACUUUAGUCUCCAUGUUCUCUGUCCCGGGGCGGGGGGUGGGGGGUGUCCCAGCUUGAAGGGAAAGGCUGGCAUCUAUAGAAAAAGUAGCCUAUAGGUAGAAGAGUGAGGUUAUUUGUACAAUAUAGAGAUAGAGAGGCUCCAGGAAGGUAGAUCUGCCUCUUCAAAAUCUGGAUUGCUCUCAGGAAUACAGAUCCAUAUGCAAGGACAAAUCUACAUGCCCUGCUUACACAGGUAGCACCUGCACUGCCUGUGGCUGACUUGAACGAAAGGAAAACAAUUUGUAGAGACAAGUGCACCUAGAAAUUCAUGUAUUUUUGCAACAGUGGAAGUAUCCUGGAAGUCUAGGCUGAUGAGUAGUUGAACUAGCCUCAUCUGGCUGUUAAAGUGCUUGAAAUGUAACUAAUGUGAUUGAGGAACUAAAGUUCUCAUUUUAACAUGCCUUCAAAUGGUCCCAAGUGAACAGUGACCAUCACACAUCUGAGCAUCGUGGAAUUGGGAGAGGCACUGCUCCUGAAUCACUCACUGGUUGGCUGUCAGUAAUCUCAGAGAAGCACGAGGCACAUAAAUAACCUGGUACAGUUCACGGAAAACUGGGAACAUUGCCAUUGGUGGGCUUAUCCAGUUCUCAUUUGGGACAAGAGCACUGACUUACCACCUCAAUCCACAACUGUAUGUUAGAGCUCAUGCUCAGCUCUGAGCAGUCUUAUCUGGGUACCAUGUCCAUGCUGUGCCAGCCCUUGAAGCUCAGCUCUCUUCAUUCCUAAUGAAUCAGCGGGUUUGUCUGUCUCCUGUGAGUUGCGUAUGACUGAACCUUUUAAAAGUAUCUGUGCCUGUAAGAUACAGAGGGCCACACUGACUACCCCAUAAACCCCUACUGGGAAGUUUCUUGCUAGUCUGACUUUGAUUUUCACCUACUGUUUAAAAUAUGGUGGGGAGAGAGACAGUAGGUGUAUGUAUUUCUGCUGGCUAGUACAGGACAUUUGGUGUGACACCAAGACACUUUUUAAUCUGUCCUCAAGGCAAAAGCUACUUCUGCUUUGGGCACUUGCCUGCAUAGAAUUCCAUCGCUGUCUACUUGGGCCAAGCAGCUGGGCCGAACAGUUUUAGAAGGCUCUCUCUAAGACAGGGUUAUAAUGUCAGGCCCCUGUCCUUUUAAUGUUUAUUAGCUCCAAUACACUGUAGCAAGUUUUUGUAUUUUUUCUUCUUUCUGACAUUUUCCUUUGUGAUGCUUAGACUGUAUAGACAACUUUGUCUUUCCGCCCAACCCUUAAGCAGCAGCAUCCUAAACCUAUGAAGGCUGGACACCUUCCCUCUUUAGCCUUUCUUUACAUGCUGCCAGCUGUGACAGGCACUACUCGUUACUGGAUGCAGAACAGGACAGCUAUCAGAAAGAUUCCGUCCUCCUAAGAUAUAGGGCAAAGUCCUGUGUCAUCUCUUUUCUUCCAGAGUGACACAGUCCCCUCAGGCACUUGUUCAGGUAAAUAUGUACAGGCCUGUGCUCACACUGCAGUUUGCCCUUAAGGCUGAGUCAACGUUUGAACCACACUCUGUACCACAGCUAUAUUCAAAAGCUACUGUCUAUCUCCCAGGGUAACCUGAAAACUUGCUAUCCUAGUUGCCCUAAGAUUCUUUUAAUUUAGGUCUUGAGGCCUCUUCUAUAUUGGAAUAAUAUAAAUACCUUAACUCAUUUGGUGCUUCCCAUUUGGUACUGUGAAUCAUCCCUUUCUUAGUAGCUCCCCUUCUCUUCUAGAAGUCUCUUCCAUGAUUUCUUCCCCCACACUAACUUGUGAGAUCUUGAGUAGGUCACACUGGGCAGGGAUAUCCUGACCAAGACCAGAUAGCCUAAGCAUCUCCAAAAAUGGAGGCCAAUCUCUGAAGAGCAACGUGGCCUCAGUCUGCCUAUGUCUACCCGUUCUUGUAUCAAACCCUCAUGCCUUUGCCAUCAUCCCCUCACCAAAUGGGACAGGUGUCUAUAUUGAAACUUUAUUACAAAAUUAUAAAGCAGAGCUCUGUAACAAAAAAAUACAUUUGGGUCUCCUUUUUAACACCCAGGUAAGUCAAGAGAUUCUUAAUAUAAGCCACUUGAAACAACACAUUUGCAUCCAAGAGAUUUUAA